AUGCAGCCAACUUUCCGCCGAAUGGCGGGCCACAACCACGGCAUGAUCCACGCGGAUCCCGCCAUUAUCAAAUGGGCCAAAAACUGGCGCGUUGAAAACAAGGAAUGGCCUCAAAGGCGCAAGAGUCUCGACAUGGACAUGACCGUCAACCGCCACAAGUACUUCCGCUGGACGAAGCGCACAGCUUGGCUCACAUUCGCCUACGUCGUCUUGGUACCGGGUAUGCUGGGCACGGCAGGAUACAUGACCGAGGGCAAGUGGGACAUGCGCGGCAAGCGGAGGGGCGACAUGAUCUCCGAGUUCUAG